ACCGGAUAUUGAGAAUGUGAAACUUAACUAUCAUUUUCACAUUCUCGAGCGCUGCCCUUGACUGUCACCGACCCACAACAAACUGUCUGUUAUUGACCUGACUUCCGGCUUGGUUCGGCUAUGAUGUCCUGCAGCGGUAAAUCUCUGUGGUUUUUACUGCGGCGGUGUGUCGCAGUCAGACAGCUAACGGUACCGACAGCUUCACGCAUGUGCGGCUUCACUCAGCAGCGAACUUUGACUUCGGCGGCCCGGACAGCCUGUCUCCAGAGACUGUACGAGCUGCAGCCCGCAGUUAGAAGCAGCCAGAGCCGCUUCUGUACUAAGACAGGAGGAACCUAUGAGGAUGACUACCCACCUCUGCCGGCCUAUCAUCCUGAAUCAGAACCAGAGUCCAGGGAGGUUUACAUCGUGCAGGUGAAAGGUCUCCCAUGGUCCUGCACCACUCAGGACCUUCUGCAGUUCUUCUCAGAGUGUAGGAUACGUGAUGGGGUGAAAGGCAUCCACUUGACUUUGGACAGGCUGGGGAGGCCGUCAGGACGAGCCUUCAUCGAGAUGGAGCACGAGGAGGACGUCAGCAAAGCACUGGAGAAGCACCGGCAGUACCUCGGCCCACGAUACGUUGAAGUGUAUGAAGUGACGAACGGUGACGCUGAAGUCAUCCUGAAGAAAGCCACCCAGCCUCUAGGAGCUGAUGGCGUGGUGCUGCUCAGAGGGCUCCCCUUCACCUGCACUGAGGAUGACAUUGUCCACUUCUUUUCAGGUUUGGAGAUAAUGGCGAACGGGAUCACCAUGGUCACAGACUCCAGGGGAAGAAAGUCUGGAGUGGCUUAUGUGCAGUUCACGUCUCAGGAAGCAGCUGAUGAAGCGCUGCAGAGAGACCGAGAGAUCAUAGGGAGCAGAUACAUCGAGGUGUUUCCCAGCAGAAGAGAUGAGAUUCACUCGACCUGGAGGAAGAGAACGAGUCCAUUUCCGUCUCAGUCCAGGCCUCAGUCAGUGGACAGGAGUGCCCCUGAAAACAGAUCACCUGCUUCGCCUCCUCCGUCACUUCACCUUCAGAGCUCCACCGUACCGCUACACUACAUCCACGUGAGGGGACUUCCUUUCCAGGCUUCUGGGGAAGACAUAGUGAAGUUCUUCUAUCCUCUGGCCGUGUGUAAGAUCCUGAUCGAAUGUGGUCCCGACGGCAGGCCGAGCGGAGAGGCUGACGUUUACUUCCACUGCCACAGAGACGCCGUGGCCGCCAUGUCCAAAGACAGGAUGAACAUAGGCGAGCGAUACAUCGAGUUAUUUCUCAACUCUGUUGCAGACGGUGACGGCAGGUGAACGUUGACACACAGGAUUCCUAUAUUUAUUUUCCAGCCUGACGUGGACAUCGAAUAAACAUUCCUGGUGUCAAAGACAAAGCAGUCCAUCUUUAUUUAAUCAAAUGUAAUAUUCCUGUAAUGCUUUUUUGAUUUUAUUCUGGAGGUUUGCAUCUCCACUUUAAAAUGAAAGAAAGAGGCGAACACUUGUAAAUGCUCAUGUUUAUUGUAAGCCAAGAAGCUGUUCCACUUCACCUGUUAAUCAUCAUCAGCCACAAAAAAAAAAAAUAAAGAUUUAGUUUUUAAAUCAACAGAACAUAAGUUAUAAACCUGUCUUCACUUUACCUCAGCCAGGCAGAGCCGUGCAUCAAAAGUGCUGAAACACAUUCAGUUUAUCCAGAGCAAAAAGCCUUCGGUCUAAAAAUGUAUGAUUCACCUGCUACAGUUUAAAACACACCAGCCUCAGAUGUGACUUCAUGCUACAUGACUGAUUUUAAGCCUUUUUGUUAAUGACACUUCUAAUACACAACAGCAGGAAAGAAAAAGCAGCUUUGUGACCUUAAGAAUCAGGUGAUCAUUUGCAAAAUACAUUUAUUAUUUCUCAUUACAUGAAACGAGCUGAGCUUAGCAUAAAGAAGGGAAACGAGUGCCGACUAACACAACGUUGCAAAAAUGAAACACUGCAU